AUGCAGGACUCGGAGGGGCUGCGCCAGCGAGGCGUUCGGCCGCUGAGGCCGGCUUAUCACGAGACACCACUCUGUUCCAUCGGAAAGACUGUGCGGGUGCACCUGCCCUCGGGCCAGAUUCGGCGUGCAAUUGUGGAGUAUGUCAAUGAGGACGGCACAGUGGAUGUCGCCUUUGCCGGGGAUUCCGUGAGUUUGGCGGAGGCCCCGAAAGACAUGGGAGCGACUGAAGCGACUGUGGCUGCUGACAGCCUAAGGCCGCUCCAUGACGAGGAGCUCUCUUUGGAUGAUGACAAAGCCUUCGAAGGCCCUGGGGCAGCACAGCGCGCUAAGGAAGUCGGAAACCUUGUGUUCAAGCUUGGCGACAUGGAGGCUGCAGCAGAACUCUAUGCCCGGGCACUGAAAGUGCUCGAGCGGUGCGAGGACGGCGUCGAAUGGGUCCUGGCAAAUCGGCACGGCUCUUUGCAGCCUGCUCGAGUGUGCCGAGGACCUCGCCUUCGCCGCCGCUCGCGCCUUUGCGGCCACCCUGCUCGCAUUGCCACGAUUUGCCAGCGUCGAUGGCGACCCGCUGUGGCUGAACGAUCUCCUGACAGUGCACCUGACCGAAUUGAUCUGAAAUUCUGUGGCACCGACGAGGUCCUUCAAGGAGUUCCCCUCUCUGCAGUGCUCGGCGUUCGGUUGGAUCAGCUUUUGCUUCAAGGCAGCUUGCAUCUCAAUCGCUCACGAGCACUAGCACAGCUUGGACACCAAGCUGAAGCUGCCCAGGACCUGUCCAUCGUGAUCUCGCUGUGGGCUGCCCACGCUGCAGCAGGUUCCCCGCGAAUUGGGAAGGACGAAGAGUGCAAGGAACAGCUGGUCAAGGCCUUCUACCUCCGUGCCAAGACACGGAUGUCCAGGCAGCGAAUCGAGCCUGCUCGCAGUGACCUGGCAGCUGCAGCUGCACUGAGGCCUGCGGAAGCAACUGCGACGCUGCUGCGCCAGGCUGAGCGCGAACUUGAAGCUGUGCAGAGAGAGAAGGUCCGAAGCAACAAAAAGCUGGCAAAGGAGAUUGCCAAGUUCGCAGACUCCGCAAUGUCAGGUCUCUCUGAGGCAGAGCUGGCGGCCUUGGGCGCGGGAACCGAAUGA